AUAUAUAUAAAAACGUGAAAUAUUUCGCAAUCUCAUGUUCACAUCCGCAGUGUAUAGAACGUAUAAUACUGUUUUAAAAACUAGUAAUAUUCAUUAAAUAUUAUAGAGAAAGGAUUUAAAUAUCAUGGCUGCGAUAAAUACAGAAAUUAUGAAAGUAUUUGGAUUUUGGAGUAGUGUAUUAGUUUUAAAAAUGCUGGCAAUGGUAAUCCUAACUGCACGUCAUAGAUUUACAAAAAAGAUAUUUGCAAAUCCUGAUGAUACAACAUUUUUAAAAAAAGCUAAAGUGCUUUAUGAUGAUGCAGAUAUAGAACGUGUACGGAGAAAUCAUCUUAAUGAUCUUGAAAAUGUUCUUCCUUGGUUUAUAAUCACCUAUAUUUGGCUAACAACAGGUCCAUCUAUUUGGUUGGCUGGAAUUUUAAUAAGAACUUUUGUAAUUUCUAGAAUUAUACAUACUUUGGUUUAUGCUGUUUUCCCACAGCAACCUGCUAGAUUUUUGUCUUUCUUUUUUGGUUAUUGUAUUAUGGGCUAUGAAGCAUUUACUUCUUUAUUAUAUUAUUUGUAAACUGUUUAAAAUAUUUAAAAUGAAAUGUUUACAUUAAUACCAAAAUUCUAUAUUUCUUUCUAUACUUAAAAUAUACUUUAUUAAAUGAUG